CGAAACCACGUCUUCUACUCCCGGUUCCCGCCAAACGACGAACCCUAUACUUCCUCUGUCCGUUUCGCACUUACCUCCUCCGGCCACCUCGUCCUCCUCUCUCGCGAAUCCAUGGCUGCCUCCAAGAGUAUCGAUUACGAAGCCGAGAAAGCCCUCGCCAAGGAUUUCCUCAGGAACUACUCCGACUCCCUAGGUGAUCCCAAGUACCUCGAUAUACUGCAAGAUGCGGCCAACCGUAAGAUGCGUGCGAUCUAUAUCGACCUCGAGGACAUUUAUACUUUCUGUAAGGAUUCGGAUGAGGAUUUCUGGAAUAGGGUAAAGCAUAAUACCCGGCGCUACAUUAACUUGUUCGCGGAGGCCAUUGACGAGAUCAUGCCUCAACCAACUGAGGUGUUCUCAGUCGAUGAGGAUUGUGAUGUCCUGAUGACGCAAAGGGUCGAUGAAGGAGCAGAUAGCCAAGAUAACCUAGAUCCGCUUAAGAAAAUGCCUGCUGAGAUCAAGCGUUUCUUUGAAGUAUAUAUAAGAGUUUCCAAGGACAUGAAGAAUGCAUCCAAGGAGAUCCCAUCAACCAUAAGAGAAGUCAAGGCAGAACAUAUUGGAGAACUCGUAAUGAUUUCUGGCAUUAUAACACGAUGUUCAGAUGUUAAACCUCUGAUGCAAGUUGCUGUUUAUACUUGUGAGGAUUGUGGUUUCGAGAUUUAUCAGGAAGUGACUGCCCGCAUUUUCAUGCCUUUAUUUGAAUGCCCGUCAACCCGCUGCCAAAUAAACAAGGCUAAAGGGAAUCUCAUACUUCAGCUAAGAGCUUCAAAGUUUUUAAGAUUCCAAGAGGCAAGAAUCCAAGAAUUAUCAGAACAUGUCCCAAAAGGGCAUAUUCCUCGUUCUUUAACUGUUCAUCUCAGAGGUGAACUUACCAGAAAGGUUUCCCCUGGUGACGUGGUUGAGUUGUCAGGAAUUUUCCUUCCAAUUCCUUACACGGGUUUCAGAGCCCUUCGUGCAGGUUUGGUUGCAGAUACAUACUUGGAGGCUAUGUCCAUUUCCCACUUCAAGAAGAAAUAUGAAGAAUAUGAGCUUAAAGAUAAUGAACAGGAAGAGAUCAGAAGACUAACUGAGGAUGGUGAUGUUUACAACAAAUUGUCGAGGUCAUUGGCACCAGAGAUAUUUGGUCAUGAAGAUGUCAAAAAGGCUCUUCUACUACUGCUUGUCGGUGCUCCACACCGUAAACUCGGUGAUGGUAUGAAGAUAAGAGGAGACCUCCAUGUCUGUUUGAUGGGAGAUCCUGGAGUAGCAAAAAGUCAGUUGCUCAAACACAUUAUCAAUGUGGCACCUAGGGGAGUGUAUACUACAGGCCGAGGAAGUAGUGGUGUUGGUCUAACUGCAGCUGUUCAAAAAGAUCCUGUUACAAAUGAAAUGGUACUCGAAGGAGGAGCACUGGUAUUGGCUGAUAUGGGCAUAUGCGCAAUUGACGAGUUUGAUAAGAUGGAAGAAUCAGAUCGAACAGCGAUCCACGAAGUGAUGGAGCAACAAACUGUAAGCAUUGCAAAGGCUGGCAUCACAACAUCCCUUAAUGCAAGAACAGCUGUUCUUGCUGCUGCAAAUCCAGCUUGGGGACGAUAUGAUCUAAGGAGGACACCAGCAGAAAAUAUUAAUCUUCCACCUGCCCUUUUGUCUCGUUUUGAUCUCUUGUGGUUGAUACUGGAUCGUGCUGACAUGGAUAGUGAUCUUGAGAUGGCUAGACAUGUCGUUCACGUGCAUCAGCAUUUUGAGUCACCUUCACUUGGAUUCACACCACUUGAACCAUCUAUGUUAAGAUCAUACAUCUCUGCUGCAAGGAAAAUCACUCCUUCCGUGCCAAAAGAACUGGAGGAUUACAUCGCCACUGCAUAUUCCAGCAUCCGUCAAGAAGAAGCCAGAUCAAAUGCUCCACAUUCUUACACAACCAUCAGGACACUGCUUAGCAUCAUCCGAAUAUCCAUUGCUUUAGCUAGGCUUCGGUUUUCCAACACAGUGGCUCAAAGCGAUGUCGACGAAGCACUACGUUUGAUGCAAAUGUCAAAGUUCUCAUUGUAUUCGGAGGAUCGUCAGAAAUCUGGUUUAGAUGCCAUCUCUGAUAUUUAUUCAAUUCUGCGAGAUGAAGCUUCAAGGACCAGCACCAUGGACGUCAGCUAUACCCGAGCUCUAAACUGGAUUUCCAGAAAGGGAUAUAGUGAAGUUCAGCUGAAGCAAUGCCUGGAGGAAUAUGCGGCGCUCAAUGUGUGGCAGAUCCAUCCUAAUACCUUCGACAUCCACUUCAUCGAUGCCUAACCAAUGGCUACACGCAGAGAUGAACAAUCCAAGUUUGGGUGACUUUGAAGCCUUUAAAGUGUACUUGAUUCUUCGUUGUGUUUCUGAAAAAAUUGUUCUGAUCAGCUACUCAAAGUAGAAUGUAUUUGGUUAGGGUUUGUAAGACUAGUUGAGGUAGAAUGUUUAACCUGUCUGUGAAUGGUGUAGUACGCUAACUAGGUUGAAAUUGAAAUUCACUAGUCAAA